AUGGCUCAGACCAUGGUCAACAUCACCAUCCAGCUUGAGCACCGCCUCCGGAUCUUGCGGGACAGCGCUCAGGCUGCUGAUCCCACCAAGUCUCCGGCUGAGCUUGCAUACGAGCUCCACAUGAAUGGCACCCCCAUCCCCCACGACGCCGAGGUGAUCAUGGGCUCUCAGGGCGCGCGCCUCGAGUGCCACGGAAUCGUGCUGGCGUGCCAGUGUGACAAUGUGGACGCCCAGUUCGGCUUCCCUCAGGGUGGAGUUCCCUCGAUCCUCCACCUGCCCAACAUCGACUCGGCCGAUUACCAGAAGGCGGUCAAUACGUUGGUGUUCCUUCUUUACCUGGAGGAGAAUGACCGUCCAACUGCCGCGCAGAUCAACGCGGAUAUUGAGAUCCAGGGCUUCAACCCUCCCCUGUUCUGGAUCGGCUUCACGCUCGGCCUGGAGGCCCUCUGCCCCAAGGACCGCACCCUCGAGCGUCUGCCCCUCCACGGCUACCAGGACCUCGUCGACACCAAGAUGCGCAUCAUGUUCCAGGCCGUGACCCCCAUCGGCAACCGCGGCCCCAUGGAGUGGCUCGCCCAGGACCUGCAGAUCGACCUGGUCGGAGAGGGCAUCUGUGCGGCGGUGCGCUCCCUGGAGCAGCACAUGGGCCAGCUGGUCCACCUCGCCAACCAGGGCCCCCAGCUCAUGGUCGAGCUGGCCCGCUUCUGCCUGGCCGUCCAGGUCCGCGCCCAGGACUGGUCCCCCGCCGACAAGACCAAGUUCCGAAACGACCUGGGCUUCCUGUGGGACCCCGCCCGCCACCCCACCUUCCUCAACGCCUACCUGAACCUGAACUUCGCCUGCCGCGCCGUCCGCAUGGACACCAUCAUCGUCGUCCGCAAGAACAGCCACGACGAGACCUGCGCGUGCCCCUGCGUGCGCCGCUGCGACAAGAUCAGCCGCAACAGCCUCGUCCGCCGGGGCCCGGGCAACCCCCAGCCCUACGUCCUCGUCAACCCCUUCGACGGCGGUGCCAAGCUCGUCUGCCAGCACUGCGACCAGAACUGCGGUCGUAUGCCCUGGCGUAUCAUCUGA